AUGGGUAAUAUAAAUUUUGCCUGUAUUCAACAGUUGCUCGUUUGGAAAUCUAAUUUGCAUACAAUUGAUUCCAAUAGCUCUCGCAACAAACAAGCCAGUUCUCAAAGAGUCCAAAUUGAUUUUAGUCAUGCAACAGCUCCACAUAACUCCGCCAUAGACACACCAGUUGCUGGAGUACCAAAAAGCUGUGAUGACAGUAUUUUAAUUGAUCCACGACAAUCGGUGGCAUAUGGAAUGCGUGAUGGAAAUUUUCUGGUGCUUGGUAGCCAAUAUACUACAAGAGUGAAACGCUACAAUUACAUUAAGAAGCUCAUAGAGGACAGAGCGGUUGGUGAGGAAGGUGUCGAGUUACUGCAGUACUGCAACUGGGAAAAUCCGCAUUUCGCACGUGCCCCACUCGUAUGGAAUAGUAGCUUAUGUCAAAAGGCUGGUUUUAGUAUAAUGCGGCAUUC